GCGGGGAGCGGCGCGGGCCGGCGGCCGCGCUGAGCUGCCAGGGCCCGCCCUGCCCGCCGAGCUGCGGGACGAGGCAGCGCCUGCCCGGGCCUGGGCCUGGUGACCAGGACACGCUUCAGCUUCGGUUUUGACCAACUUUGGUUUUCAUGACAAUGGAAGUUUUCCUCUCCACAAUGGCAAGAAAGAACCUCUUCCUCAGCCUCCUGCUCUGCUACAGCCUGUUCAGGGCUGCUGAUUCCCACUUGGUCGUUGAGGAGAAGACAGAAUGCAACGUGUCCAGAAGGAGCAAAAUGGACCUCUCAGAUCUUCCACCCAUCUCCAUAGUUGAUUUAUCCAGAAAAUCCCAGAAAGUCAGCAGGAAAGAGGCAGAGAACAAGAAAUCUUCCAAGAAAAAUGCUAAACGCAAGAUAUCUCCAAAGCCAAGGCCCCCACCUGCUGCUAACUGCGUGCCAACCUUCAAAACCUGCAAGCCACACUUGAAUUCCUGCUGUCACUACUGUGCUUUGUGCAAAUGCAGAAUCUUCCAGACCAUCUGCCAGUGCCUGAUGUUAAACCCCAAGUGUUAAGCCAAGUCAGAAAUACAGCAAGCCUUCUGUCUUUCAUUAGCUUCUCAAGUGCAUAUUUCAAAUUGCCCCAUGUCCCUAGUAAUCAAAAUAGAGAGCUCUGAAGGUUGAAUUUACCCCUCUAAAAAUUUAAUGGACAGUCAUUAUAAUGGGGUUAAUGUUACCACAAGUUGGAAGUAAUUUCAGGGAGCAGACAACCAGGGAGAUUGGCACUGAUUAGGCAUUUUUAGCAAAAAAGCUGUGUUUUAUGAUGAAUUCUGCAUUCCAGUGGGUUUGAGGUUUUAUUUGAAGGAUCAUAUUAAUGCCACUCUGCAGAGUUGUCUAACCAGCACCAUAAAACCUGCCCCCAUGGCACCCAAAUGGCCACUAAAACAGGACUGGUUAGGCCAGUGAGGGACUGGAGCUUGGCUUUGCCCACAGGGACAUCACCAGCAUUCAGCACAGCCAAAGUACCAGGCUGAAAAUGCAGGGUUUGGGUUUAACUCCAUUUUCACAUAUUCAACAAAAAUCAGGACAAGAAUUUAUGUAGGUUAUUCCACCCGCAAAGAUGGACCCAAGGCUUUAAGGACAUUUUUUAGUCAUUCUCUCAGCAUCCACCUUCAGGGGUUUUGGUCAUUCUGACACCAGGCAGUACCUCCCAGGGGUAUGAUAUACACAUAUACUUCAAACCUGAAUGUACCCAUGCCUUGGAAUAUAAAAACCAGGUUUUUUUUUCUCCAGACAUAUCUAUAGGAAUCAACUCUUCAGCCUUUCUUCUCCUGCUGCCAAGGGACUGCAUGUACAGAGCCCCAAAGCAGGAAGACAUAUCUGGGACUUUGAGGAAGAAAGGAAAGAUCAGCAAAAGAUGAACAUAUGUCCCACAUGUACAUCUUGAAGCAAACCAUUCCAAGCAUCCAAUUCUUUGCCCUUUCUUGCUGCAGGAGCUCCCAGAACCAUCUCCAAGGCCGAAUUCAGGCAGGAAUGUCCAAGUGCUGCAGCAGCCAGGGGAAAAAAUUACAUCACAUGCCGUAUCAAGAGGCUUUAAGGCUCAGAAAGAGAUGGCUGAAGUUCAAAGCAACAGAAGAUUUCUUUCUCUUGUUCUUGAAGCUCUUUGUCUUAAAUUUGAUGUAUCCAAGAUGGCACAGAAGGAAAACCCUUCUUGGUUAAACUCCCAGGAGAGCAAGGAAGGAGCAGACCCAGAAAACAUCCCCUACACUGAAGACUUUUUAUUUGCCAGACUCCAGCUUUUGUUUUUUACCUCCUCUGUUCUGUACUUACAGUCUCUCUCCUCUGCUCCCUUACUGUUUUUUCUCUGUUCUACUUCCUUGGUUUUAGUGUUUUCCUUUUAUCCAACUGCUAUUCUUAGUUACCACAGGAGCACUCCAGGGCUAACCCACAUCUCCCGCGGUCUCUCCACCUGCCUGCAACAGGGUCCCUUCCAGUGCUCUUUAGCUUUCACAACCAGAUUUUUCUGGCCAUGAAUUUAUAAUCAGGAAAUCAGGAAUUUCCUAUUCCCCUGUGCAGGUCUAAUUGAGAAGACAGUUGUUUACUGAUUUAUUUCUAAACACAGCUGAGGGCUACAAAAAUCUUCUAGGCAGGAAAGGUGAUACAGGUGACACUGCAAAGGGGCUUAAGCCAUAUAAAAGUUUUAUUUUUUUAAAUUCUAAUAAUCAGUCUAAAGCCCAGAACUCAGAACUAAGGUCAGAUAUUGACAGAAAUUUUUGUUCAUACUAGAUAUAUAUAUAUAUAUAUAUAUAUAUAUAUAUAUAUAUAUAUAUACACACACAUAGUUUUUGGAUUAAUCUAAGAGCCCUAAUGAUGAUAGAAUGUCGUUGUGUUCCUUAUCUUUUAUAAGGCACAUCAAUUGGCAUGUCUGAUAUAAGCUUGAAAUCUUGUAAAUAUAUGUAAGUGUGUCUUUUAGCCAGAUUUCUUGGCUCAGGAAUCUAUAGCCAUUCAGUUAUUAUGAAAAAGGAGAAUGAGAAGGAAGAACAAUACAUUAUAAUGGAUUUCAGAAUGUGGCUCCUUCUUUUACUAGGUAAAGGUUUAGGUUCCAUCAUUUUUUUUCAAAAUUCUCGUAACUGUAACAAAUUGUUGUUGAUUUGAUGCCGUAAGUUUUAGCUUUCAUAUUUUCCAUAUUCUGUACUGCAUUAGUAUAUAACUCUGAGCUCCAUAUAAAGUGUUAGCAAAUUCUCCUCGCAGCUCAGUCACACAGAACAAUCCUUUUCCAGCCCCAGAACCAAGGACACCGCUGCAGCUUCAGGCCCAAAAAGUAAAAACAACAAAAAGGACCAAAAAGUGCAAACAACAGCAAAUUGAGGAGAGCAGUCUGGGAGGAUGGGACUGCAGAACCUGGAGCUGUAAUUGGACAAUUAACCCCAACUUGGAAAUGGACCAAAACUGAUAAAAGUGUGAAAACUUUAAAAGUGUGACCCGCUGUCCAUCUUGGCUGUAGCCUCAGCCUCAGCUCUUGUACUGCCCAAGGUGUAUCCUGUGAAGGCCUUUUAAUAAAUCCCUACUUUAUUCUGUAACACUGUCUAGCCUCUGUUCCAGGCCACCUCACAAGGCAUGAGAUUGAUACUAAAAACAUGCCAAUAAUCACACUACUUCUUACAUGGAAACAAGAUCAUUUUCAUAGCAGGAAGUCCAGCUGGUCAGAAAAAUUAUAUUUUACCAUGUUCAAGGAAAGUGGGAGCAGAGGGAUGGGAAGGAGAGCCAGAAAUCCAACAAACAGCUGCUCUGGACUGCAGCUCCCACUCCAGCUUUGCAGAACCUCAGAGUGGCUGAGGUCAGCAGGGACCUCUGGCAGCCAUCCAACUGGACCUGCUUGCCCAGGACCACGUCCAGGCAGCUUUUGAACAUCUCCGAAGAGGGAAACUCCACCCCCCUGGGCAACCUGUCCUGGUGCUCAGUCACCCUCACUCACCAUUAAAACCAGGAAAAUAAAUGUUUCCUAAUGUUUGACUCUC